AUGGCCCUCGCUAGGCUGACGCUACCAUGGCAGUUACGAAAAACCACGGCCUUUCAGGUCAUGUCCGAUCUGCAUCUCGAAGUUGGCCAGCAAUACGCAAAAUUUCACAUUGAACCACGAGCCACCCGGUUAAUCCUGGCCGGUGAUAUUGGCCGGCUUGCGGAUUAUAACGUCUUUCGCGACUUUCUAUACAGCCAGUGUGAGAACUUCGAGGCCGUCUACCUCGUGCUAGGCAACCAUGAGUUUUUCGGCGUCUCUCGCCAGGAAGGCCUACGCCUAGCCGACAAGCUCCAAGAAGAGCCGCAGAUGAAAGGCCGGUUGGUUAUAAUGAACCAAAGACGUGUCGAUAUCGAGAACAUCACUCUCUUAGGCUGUACUCUACACUCACACGUACCGACUGAGUCAGAGCAGAUCGUUAGACAUAAGAUUAACGACUUCCGCCGUAUCCUGGACUGGACAGUUGCGAGCCAUAAUGCCGAGCACGCACAGGACGUAAAGUGGUUGACGGACGAGAUUGAUUCAAUUAGAAGUACGGAAUCCGGAUUGAAGCGAAAGAUCGUUGUCAUCACUCAUCAUGCCCCUUCGACUAAAGGGACAUCUAGACCAUCAGAUGAGAGUAAUCCGUGGAGUUCUGCGUUCGGAACUGAACUCCUGGAUGAUACGCAGAAAUCGUGCUUUGAUCAUGUGCAUUUUUGGAUUUAUGGUCAUACGCAUCACUCGUCUGAAUCGAUACGCGGGCGUGUAAGGCUUGUGAGCAACCAGAGAGGCAAUGUGUUUCCAGGACAGAAUAAUCAACGGCCCGAAAGCUCAGGAGGCAUCAUAUCAAAAAUAUUGAAGCUAGGGAGGCAUAGCAAGCACAAUACAUUCGAUGCGGAAAAGGUUAUCGAAGUAUAA